GGCCUCGAACUCACAGAGAUCCGCCUGCCUCUGCCUCCCGAGUGCUGAGAUUAAAGGCGUGCGCCACCAACCCGUAUUGGCUGUUGUUUGUAAACUCUUGUUAGUGUUGCAGAUGGAGGGGUAAAGAUUGUGGUGGUCACUAGUUGCUUGCCAAGUUACUAUCUCCUACCUCCAUGUACCGUUUCUCUAGUGGCUGAGGUAUGUCAGGGUACCCUGCAUCCAAACCAAUUCCAGGCCAGGCACCCCCUGUCACCUGCCUAUCCUUGGAGAAUUUGGGCUGCCCUGUCUUUUCCACACAGCUAAGUGUGUGGUUCUUUCUGACAGUCUUAUGCCAUCUUGUGUCCCCAGGAGUGGGAGGAGCGGCGCAGGCAGAACAUUGAGAAAAUGAAUGAGGAGAUGGAGAAGAUUGCCGAGUACGAGCGCAACCAGCGGGAAGGGGUGCUGGAGCCCAACCCAGUACGCAACUUCCUGGAUGAUCCCCGGCGUCGGGGUGGACCCCUGGAGGAGCCUGAGAGGGAUCGCCGGGAGGGCAGCCGCCGGCAUGGGCGCAACUGGGGAGGUUCUGACUUCGAGCGGGUGCGCUCUGGCUUGGAACACGAGAGACAGGGUCGCAGGGCUGGCCUGGGCAUUGGGGGAGACAUGACAAUGUCCAUGACGGGCCGAGAGCGGUCAGAGUACCUGCGCUGGAAGCAGGAGAGGGAGAAGAUCGACCAAGAGCGCCUCCAGCGACACCGCAAGCCCACUGGGCAGUGGCGGCGGGAAUGGGAUGCCGAGAAGACGGAUGGCAUGUUCAAGGAUGGGCCAGCUCCUCCUACCCAUGAACCGUCGUCGUCCCACUGCUAUGAUGACCAAGCUUGGGCAAGACCCCCUAAGCCUCCCACUUUUGGAGAGUUCCUUUCUCAGCACAAAGCAGAAGUCAAGAGCCGCAGGAGGAGAAAGAACAGCCGACCCCAGGCCAAGGUGGCCCCACGUGCCUAUAGUGACCAUGAUAAUCGUUGGGAGACGAAAGGGGAAGCUGUGUCCUCAGCCCCUGAGUCCUCUCAAUCCACAUCCCUGGAGGAGGCACCCACGCAGGAGCCUCCGGAGAGCCCUGCCCCAGCCCACCGGCCUCCUGAGGAGGAUGGUGAGGAGGAUGAGGGAGAAGAGGAGGAUGAUGAGGAUGAAGAGUGGGAGGACGUGAGUGAAGAUGUCACCGAGGAGGAGGAGGAGGAGGAGGAGUUUGAGGAGGAAGAGGAGGAGGAGGAGGGUCCUAAGGAUCAGGAAGCCCCAGCUGUUCCUGAUCAUCAGCCGGGAGAGGCUGAGCCUGCUGGGAAGACCACCUGUGAGCAGGCAGACCCUGCGCCUGCCAGGCCCCAGGAGUCAUUGUCUCCAGAUCCCGCUGAACCUCCCAGCCCCUUGUCGACCGCUGGGGACCACCAGCCUGUGUCCGACUGGG